CCUCAGACUGAAGGCAUGACAGAGGAGAAAUGUCCCCAGUUGGUGGACUACUUUGUAGUAGCGGGUCUGGACCCUGGUGGGCCCUGGAGGACUCUGGACGAAGACGGGAAGACCUCCUCCUCCUCUUGUUUGUCGAUGCGGGUGGUGGAGCCGGUGACAGACCUGGUGGUGAUCGCUCGGGGUCUUGGGGAGGAUGUCCCAGAGGGUUUUACGUGCAUUGAGAAGACCCUGGGUGGCCACUCAGCGGAGCUGAGCGCCGGCCUCAUCAACAACCCGCACCUGUACCUGUGCUACCGCCGAGGACGGGACAAACCUCCAAUCCUGGACCUGGGGGUUCUGUACGAGGGGAAGGAAUCUCUCAAACAGGGCUGGUACGUCAUAGAGACAACGCCCUACAGCCGCUCGGCCAGCUUGAGCUCAGCGGGCGCUCCUACGGCUCACCGUGUCUUCCUGACCUACCGCCGGGCUCUGGACUCUCAGGGUCUUCACUCGCUGGGCAUCACCGACGUCGCCCUGCUGCUACCCAGCAAAGGGGAGGUGGCGCCGCACACUUUCUGUCGGAUUGACAAGAACCUCAACACGGGCAUGUGGGGUCCAGCUCUGUACGUGUGCUAUAAGAGAGCCGUAGCCAAAGCCAACUCCCUGCUGUUUGAAGCUGGUCUGAUCAGCCGGUACCCGGAGGAGGACCUGGACUCGUUCCCUCUGCCCGAGUCGGUGCCGGUGUUCUGUCUGCCGAUGGGUGUCAGCGUGGAGAGCUGGCCCCUCAACACCAAGUACCAGCUGCCCGUCUUCUCCACCUUCGUCCUGACGUCCGCGUCUGGGGACAAGGUUUAUGGUGCUGCCAUCCAGUUCUACGAGUCGUUCUGCAGGGAUCUUCUGUCAGAGCGGCAGAGCAUUCAGCUCGGCCUGCUCAGCGUGGUGGACCGGCGUCCCAUCAGCAGCCGCAGUCUCCAUGUCAAGAAGAGCAUCUGUGUCCUGUCCCACUGGCCCUUCUUCACCGUCUUCCAGAAGUUCCUCACCUUCAUCUACAGAUACUCCAUCUCUGGGCCGCACGUCCUGCCUCUUGAAAAACACAUCUCCAGCUUCAUGCACAACGUCCCGUUUCCGUCCCCUCAACGUCCUCGGAUCCUCGUCCAGCUCUCACCGUACGACAACCUGCUGCUCUGCCAGCCCGUCUCCUCCCCCCUCCCCCUCAGUGGCGCGAGCUUCCUGAAGCUGCUGCAGAACCUCGGUCCAGAGAGCACGUGCACGCUGCUGCUCGCCGUCCUCAUAGAACACAAACUGCUGCUGCACUCGCUCAGACCCGACGUCCUCACCUCCGUCAGCGAGGCCCUCGUCUCUAUGACCUUCCCCCUGCGCUGGCUCUGCCCCUACAUCCCUCUGUGCCCGCUGCAGAUGGCCGACGUCUUGCUGGCGCCCAUGCCCUUCAUCGUGGGCGUUCACUCCAGCUACUUUGACCUUCACGACCCCCCAGCUGAGGUGAUGUGUGUGGACCUGGACACCAACACAAUCUUCCAGUCCGAGGAGAAGAAGCCGUUGUCAUGGCGAUCGUUGCCCAGAAAGCACGGCAAGACUCUGUUCAACACGCUGACCACUCUCCACAGAACCCUGGAGAAGAUACCUUCUCAACUCUCCACAAAUCACAAGUGCCAGAACUGUGACCAGAACCUAAUGUCAGGCAAGAGCCAGAUGGAGCCCGUGUUGAUGAUCCAGAUGUAUGGAUCUUCACACCUGACCGUGGCCCCUCUGUCACAUGACCUUCACCUGACAGACGGACGACUGGUGUGUUACCGGAUCCUCAUGCAGCUGUGCGGUCAGUACGGGGAGCCGGUUCUGGCGGUCCGGGUCCUCCUGGAGAUGAAGAAGGCUGGAAUCACCCCGAACACUAUCACCUACGGAUACUACAACAAGGCCGUCCUGGAGAGCAAGUGGCCUUCGACCAAUCAGGGAGGCCGUCUCCGCUGGGUCAAGCUGAGGAACGUCCUAUUGGCUGUGGCUCAGUUCAGACGACCAAUCAGACGGCGGCAGAAGAGCGACUCUGUGGGCUCCAGAGCAGACGUGGUGACGGAUCCGGACAUGAAGCUCCGCCCACACCUGAUCCGUCAGUCCAGUUGGACCGGUCUGAGCCAGAGUUCCAGUCAUGAGUCUCUGACUGGGUCUCUGAUUAAGAGCAGCAGCCUGAGCAGCAUGAAGAUGCCCAGAGACGAUGUUCGACCUUGUAGGAGGACUGUCCUCCCUGAUGCCAAGAUGAAUGGUUGUGGAGAUCCCGUCUCUCAGAAACCUCCUCUGGGACAGCGAAAUGUCUCCGCCCCUCCUCUGGUGCCCCUCUGUGGGGUGGUGGUCCCCCGAAGUCAGGUCUGCCUGUCCACCUUCUACUCAGAGUGUGCCGAGUCUGCGGACUCAGAACUGGACUGCAGCUACCCACCUGAGGACAGAGACGGCAGGUCUGAGAGGGUGACAGACUCCGCCCACAGGAACCCCAGGUCUGAGAGGGUGACAGACUCCGCCCACAGGAACAAGACUGUAGACGAGAACUCCAACAACGUGUCGUCUCCGAGCCGAGGAGGUCUGACAGGAAAACUGCAGCAGCUCCUCACGCCCACCAGACUCCGAGCGUCGUCACGCAGAGCAGUCAGCAUGGACAACCGGAGGUCAGGAGGAGCAGGAGGAGGAGGGACAGGAAGAAGAAUAUCAGAGCAGAGGCAGUCCAGGAAAUCUCAAGUGACCGAAACUCUGCUGAAAGCCAAGGAGCGCCUGGCGAACGCCACGUCCGAGAGCUCUCUGUCUGUAGGAAGUGACCUGGACCUGUCGGACACGCCCACUCAAGCGUUCCCUCUGCGCAGGUCAUGGGACUCCAACCAAGACGCGGCAGGGAUUGAGGUUCUGAUGUCCAGCUGCUCGCUGUGCCGCAGCUGCAACUCUUUGGUUUACGACGAGGAGAUCAUGGCGGGCUGGACGUCAGACGACUCCAACCUGAACUCGUCCUGCCCGUUCUGCGGCGCCUCCUUCGUGCCGUUCCUGAACGCAGAGAUCUGCGACCUCGGACCCGUCAGCAGUGCGGAGCGCUGUAACCUGAACCUGGAGGAUGAGGUGGAGAGUGCCGUGAGGCCCCCCAGUGGUCCGCAGGCCCCCCUGCGGCACCACUGCAACGGACUGAGCGACGACUCGAGCUCCGAGACCAGCAGCUACUCUGAAACCAGCAGAACCACCACGGUGCCGUCAGUGGGCGGGACUCCCCAGGUGACGGUGGCCUACCUGAGCCCUCUGGUUCUGAGGAAGGAGCUGGAGAGUCUUCUGCAGAACGAUGGCGAGGCGGUUCUGGCCCAGCCUCAGUUCCUGGACAGCCACUCCAUAAUCUUCUGGAACCUGGUCUGGUUCUUCCAGCGGCUCGGCCUGCCCAGUAACCUGCUGCAGCUGGUCCGAAACUCUGCGCUGGUCAGCCACUUCACACAGUCGGAGAACUCCUCGGUCCGAGUCAGACUCCUCUGGGACACCCUGACACCCGACACAGACCAGUGGCCCCCACUCUACGUCCUCUGGAGGAUCCACAGUGGCGUCCCGAUGAGGAGCUAUAGCUGGAGGAGACACAACCACCCGUUCUCCCUGUCUUUCCUAGAGGAGGUGCUGCGCUGGGUGGGCAUGAACGAGGUGCACAAGGCCGUCACUCUCCUCCUGGACACACUGGCCAAGCAGCCAGGGACGCCGUCGAUCCAGAGGAGUCUGUACAGAGAGUUCCUGUUCCUCACGUUGGCAGCGAUGGGUAAAGACCACGUGGCGGCCUUCGAUAAGAAGUUCCGGGCGGCUCAUGCUCGUCUCAGCAGCUCUCUGGGGAGGGAGGAGCUCCGCAGGAAGAGGGCGGAGCCUCCUAGCUCCAAAGCCAUCGACUGCAGACGUAGCUUCCACCCCCCUCUGGAGUGCUGAGAGGGCCCUGAUCCGGGUUCUGCUCCCUGACCGGACCCCAUUUUCCUCCUGUACCAUCCCCCCACCCAACUACAGACUGGUCCAGGAUCUGGUGCAGGAUCUACAGAUCAGUCUUUGAUCUUUCUGUAGUCUCAGGAUCACGUCUGUGGAGCAGAUGUUUACAGAUUUAGUUUGUUUCUCAGAAAAAA